GAGCGCGACCGCUGCUGCAGCCACCCUGCAAGCCGCCUGCCGGAGGCACGGUCCCUAGGCCCUAGAGCCCGGGGAGGCCCCCGGGGAAUCGGCACUGCUGGCGAGAGCUGCGAGGCCCGCCCCUGCCCGGCGCGGAGGGCGCGGAGGAUAUCCCUGGUGAUCUUGGAAGAGUCCAUAUCAUGGAAUCAAUCUCCAUGAUGGGAAGCCCCAAGAGUCUUAGUGAAACUUUUUUGCCUAAUGGGAUAAAUGGUAUCAAAGAUGCAAGGAAGGUCACUGUGGGUGUAAUCGGAAGUGGGGAUUUUGCCAAAUCCCUGACCAUUCGACUUAUUAGAUGUGGCUAUCAUGUGGUAAUAGGAAGCAGAAAUCCUAAGUUUGCUUCUGAAUUUUUUCCUCAUGUAGUAGAUGUCACUCACCAUGAAGAUGCUCUAAUAAAAACAAAUAUAAUAUUUGUUGCUAUACAUAGAGAACAUUAUACCUCCCUGUGGGACCUGAGACAUCUGCUUGUGGGUAAAAUCCUGAUUGAUGUGAGCAAUAAUAUGAAGGUAAACCAAUACCCAGAAUCCAAUGCGGAAUAUUUGGCUUCAUUAUUCCCGGACUCCUUGAUUGUGAAAGGAUUUAAUGUUAUCUCAGCUUGGGCACUUCAGUUAGGACCUAAGGAUGCCAGCCGGCAGGUUUAUAUAUGCAGCAAUAAUAUUCAAGCUCGACAACAGGUUAUUGAACUUGCCCGUCAACUGAAUUUCAUUCCCGUUGACUUGGGAUCAUUAUCAUCAGCCAGGGAGAUUGAAAAUUUACCCCUGCGACUGUUUACUCUCUGGAGAGGGCCAGUGGUGGUAGCCGUAAGCCUGGCCACAUUUUUCUUUCUUUAUUCUUUUGUCAGAGAUGUGAUUCAUCCCUAUGCUAGAAACCAGCAGAGUGACUUUUACAAGAUUCCUAUUGAGAUUGUGAAUAAGACCUUGCCCAUAGUUGCCAUUACUUUGCUGUCGCUGGUCUACCUGGCAGGUCUCCUGGCAGCUGCUUAUCAGCUUUAUUAUGGCACCAAGUAUAGGAGAUUCCCACCGUGGUUGGAGACCUGGUUACAGUGUAGAAAACAGCUUGGAUUAUUAAGCUUUUUCUUCGCUUCGGUCCAUGUUGCCUACAGCCUCUGCUUACCAAUGAGAAGGUCAGAGAGAUACUUAUUUCUCAACAUGGCUUAUCAGCAGGUUCAUGCAAAUAUUGAAAACUCUUGGAAUGAGGAAGAAGUCUGGAGAAUUGAAAUGUAUAUCUCCUUUGGCAUAAUGAGCCUCGGCUUACUUUCCCUCCUGGCAGUCACCUCUAUCCCUUCAGUGAGCAAUGCUUUAAACUGGAGGGAAUUCAGUUUCAUUCAGUCUACCCUUGGAUAUGUAGCUCUGCUCAUAAGUACUUUCCAUGUUUUGAUUUAUGGAUGGAAACGAGCUUUUGAAGAAGAGUACUACAGGUUUUAUACACCACCAAACUUUGUUCUUGCUCUUGUUUUGCCCUCAAUUGUAAUUCUGGGUAAGAUUGUUUUACUUCUUCCAUGUAUAAGCCAAAAGCUAAAGAGAAUUAAAAAGGGCUGGGAAAAGAGCCAAUUUCUAGAAGAAGGUAUUGGAGGAGCAGUUCCUCAUCUCUCACCAGAGAGGGUUACAGUAAUGUGAUGAUAAAUGGUGCUCCCUGCUGCUAUAUGAAGUUCUCCUCAUGCCAUUAUUUUUAUGACUUCCUUUAUCUUCACUUGCAAGUGCACUGUCAAACUGCUGUGGGCUGAAACCUGUUCAGUGAGAUCUCAACUGAAUUAAUGGUAGAAUUUUCUUCAAAUUUGUUUUCCCUAAUGUCACAUUUUGCUAAUAUGAAUUUUUAUAGUCAAUUUAUGUUGAAAUAUAGGUAUGUUUUGUUUUGUACAAUUGUAAUGCUAUUGUUAUUUUAAUAAACUUUAUUCCAUAAUCAGGCAGAAAUAUUUGUAGUUAAUAGUAUAGAUACAACAUAAUAUUAAAAAAAAAAAAAACUGUGCAAACCAGCAGAACUUUAAGUUUUAACAUAAUGUGAUGGAUAUUUUUUCCUGAAGCUUAAGUAAGAUUCUAAUUAUUAUUCAGCUUAAGAAAUAGAAAUGCAUAACAUACAUUAUUUUUAAGAAAGGACAUAUUAGGUUAGCAUCUAGGUAAGGGUAUAUGUUAAUAUCCCUAUAUUUCUUCAUAAGAUAGGGUUUGAACCAAUGUGAUUUGUGAGCAAACACAAAUUAAAGAGACAAACUGAACUUAAAAUUAUAUUUAAAACGUGUUGUAGAUGUGAAAUAUAUACUGAUAAUGUGUACCUCAUGAAAAGUUUUAUUCUUUAUCUUGUUACAGAGCAGUUUUAUUUGCAUAUUAAUAUACUGGAGGGAGAAGACAGUAAUAUAUGGCCUCCAAAGUUGAUUUUUCUAAUUUAGUAACAAUCCUUGGAAUCAUAUAGUUAUUUUUAGUUAGAGGGAAAGCAUUAAGUUUACAUACAAGUAGUUGUUUAUCAGCUGAUUUUUUUCUGUUGUACCUUAGCCAGUCAUAUUCUGAGUGAUAUAGGAUUUUACUGACAUUCACUAAGGGAUUAUAACAUGCCAGGCACUGUUCUAAGCACUUUACUUAUAUUUUCCCAUACAGUACUUACAACAACCCCUUGACAGAGGUGGUUAUUAUCCUCCUUUUACAUAUAAGGUUACUGGAUGGAGGAUAGAAAAGUUAGGUAAUUUGCUCAAGGUCAUGCCAGAGCUAGUAUUCAGGUCCAGGCAGUCACAUUUCAGAGGCUGUGGUUUUAGCCACUAGGCUGUGUGGCCCCUGCCCCAUCCCCAUGCAUUCCAAUCUAGAUGCUUCCUCUUUGGUAUAAAGGCACUGACAUUCUUUACAGUGCAGUCAUGGGUGUCAAAAGAUAUGUGAAGAUAUAAUUGUAAAUUUAUCCUUGCCUGGGGAUAUAAUUCACACUUACCCUAGGAAAGAAUCUUGCCUGGGACAGGACCCUAGAGAUCGAUGGCAGUCCACACACCUCUGUAUGCAGUAAGGGACUCCAGUAGAGAUAGGACUGUAGUAGUAGUUAACAGCGGAGGUCCUACAGAGUCUUAAAAAGCCCCUGUAGAUUUGGUCAUCUCUUUCUCUCUCUUGAGAUGUCCUCCUGCCUGCUCAGCCAUUCGUUAGGGAGCAGUUUGCAAGUAUGAAGGAUAUUUAGAUGAGUGGGUUAAUUAUGAAUCUGCUCUAGAGACAUAGAAUCAUACAAAUUAUUCAUGAAAGUUUUCAGUUCUGACAUUCCACAUUAAAAAUUGCAUUUUGUUCAUACUUUGGUUAGAAAGUCCUACAUUUUCCCCCCAUUUGCUCUUUCUUCAUUAAAAUACAAAGUUUCAGACAAGAUACAAUGAUAUGUAUUCCUCUUCCUGAAAUUCUAACAUUUUAAAACUUACCCAGUAAGGUUCUACUGAAACCAGCUGCCAAAAAGAAGAGGACUUUUAGUCAGUAGAAGCUACCUUUCCCACCAAUGGCUCGCUGCCUACCACCAUAUCAUGUCAGUUUGGUAAACUGCUCAUGUUUCUCUGAUGUUCUCUUCUUGGUGAAUUUUAGUAACUUGUACUUUUUAAUUGAGCUUUUCAUUUUAAUUGUAGCCCUUCUGUCUUGAUAAUCAUUUACUUGUUAGUUCUCGGCAGGGAUUCAGUUGGGUGAUAACUUCAAGGUAAUACCUAUAAACUAUAUAGUGGACUUGUGAAAUUAACUACAUAUUUGUAAUUAUUUCUUGUCCCUUCAGUUCCACUCCCUUUAAGCCCACGCUUUCACCAGUUAAUGUGAAAAUACAGUGAAAUAUUUUUAAAACUUAGAUUACUAUUGAAGUAUAUUUAUAUUGUUGCAUGUAUAUAUUAAUUAGCUAAUAAGAUAAAAUUAUCACUAUUACAGAUAAAUGGGGCCUUUGAAAAUAUGAAAAAGCGAAAUUUAUGAAGUGUAUAUAUGAUGUAAAAGUUGUUUGGAAUGGUAAUAUCUUCUUUUCAGUACUACAAAGUUGACAUAAUUAUGAAGUUUUAGAAUAAAUAUAAUAUGUGCGUGUUCAGUCACUAAGCCAUGUCCGUCUCUUUGCAACCCCAUGGACUGUAGCCUGCCAGGCUCCUCUGUUCAUGAGAUUUCCAGGCAAGAAUACUGGAGUGGGUUACCAUUUCCUUCUCCAAGGGAUCUUUCCAACCCAUGGAUCCAACAUUGGCAGGUGGAUUCUUUACCACUGAUCCACCAGGGAAGCCCAAGUGUAAUAUGUUCAUUAUAAUUCUAAAUGUUUAAAAGCUUUUCUGAAAGUGGAAAAAUACUGACUUUUAAUUGCUUUACUUAAAUAACUUUUAACUGCUUUAUUUUACUAUUUCCUACCUGAUUACUUUUCUUAAUUAUCAUUUCUCAUAAUCAUUCUUUAGAAAUCAUGACUCUGACCUCAGAAGUAUGACUGAAUUUUGCUCUUGGUAGAUGUGAGAAAGUAGUGGAAACUUUAAAGUAGAAGGCUUGUUUUUCCUAAAUUAUAUUUUGAGAAGUGUCCCUGAGAAAAUUAUAAGAAUGUAUAUAUCUAGUUGUGAAAAUAUAUCUAGUUGUGAAAGUGAAAGUUGCUCAGUUGUUUCCGACUCUUUGCAACCAUGGACUAUGGAGUCCAUGGAAUUCUCUAGACCAGAACACUGGAGUGGGUAGCUUUCCCUUCUCUGGGGGAUCUUCCCAACCCAGGUAUUGAAUUCUUUACCAGCUGAGCCACAUGGGAAGCCCUAGUUUUAAUCCUAUGCAAAAUAAUUAAUUUUUUUCCUAAAAGGAAAUUAAUUUUUGGGCUGAAUCAUGCUACCUAGCAUUUAUGCGCAGAUUUCAUAGGUCUCCUCUAUUAAGGAUAUUUAAAAUCAUGUUUAAAUAGGAAUAUAUUCAUGUUAGCAUAUAUUUUUCAAAGCAUAUAUGGAAAUUAGCCUAGAUUGUCCACAGGUAGAGAUUUUUAUUUAAAUUUUGAAGUAUUUUAAAGUAUGAAUAAAUUAUAUUUAUAGGUAUUUAUCAGAGAUAAUUAUUUUGUGCUACAUAUGGGAUUGGUUAAUGAGCUCCAAUGUUAAACUACCUGAUUAUAUUUCUUAUAAAUUAGCAUAAUUUUGAGUUGAUUAAGGGGUUUUACUUUCAAAAGUAAUUUGCUAAUAGUAGCCUAAUAUGUAUUCACCCUUACAGUGAAAUUAUGAAAAUUAUUUGUGUAAAAGGGCUUUCGAGAAUAUAUCAUAUCCAGUUUUUUUGUUUAUCUCUUAUUAAUGUGAUAGAAUCUUAAUUAUUUUUAAUUGCCUUUUGUCAUUAAACUGUUUCAUAAAAAAUUCUGUACAUAGAGGUUCCCCCUGCCAAAAAAGUUUUUAUUUGUGAAAUUUAAAAGUUUCUUAUGUGAUGUUUUAAACAAAGUGCCAUCAGUGUAAUUCAUAAGUAUUUCUUUAGGAAUACUAUGAACACUGAACCUGUGUCAGUCUAUAAAAUCUGUUUUGAAAGAAGUAUUUAAACAGCCUAAGAUGUUGCAUUGAAAUUAUUUUGUAAGUUCAUGACUUAAAGUAUUGUAACACAUGGUAUAAUAACCCGAGCCUGGUGUUAAGAUUUAUAUUUGUGAUGUGUUGUCAUGAAAAUGAGCUGCUCCACCCUCCGGUGUUCAUAAGCCACUAAAGCAAAUUCUGAUACAUAUUCAGUAUAUGUAAUUGCUCUAAAUGAAACUGUAAUAAUUUUUGUUGGAAACAAUUUGUUCAUACUUUUGAACAGUGAGUUUUAUAGGAACUAAUAGGUUCUUCGAUUUUGUUUUAAGCAAACCUCUAAAGUGCUAAUAUUCAGAGAUUCUGUCAAUAUGUUACCAAAAAACAUUUAGUUUAGCUGAAUACACAUACACACCAUAGUCCCCCCCACAAUGGUUUCAUUCUCUGUGAUUUCAGUUACUCACAAUCAACCGUGGUCUGAAAAUAUUAGAUGGAAAAUUAUGAAAAUAAACAGUUCAUAACUUUUAAAUUGUGUGCCAUCCUGAAUAGCAUGGUGAGAUCUUGGGUGUUCCCACUCCAGCUGGCCUAGGAUGUGAAUCAGCCCUUUGUUCAGCAUGUCCUUCCCCUUAGUUACUUGGUAGCUGUCUUGGUUAUCAGAUUGGCUGUUGUGGUAUUGCAGUGCAUGUAAUUCUUAUUUUACUUAAUAAUGGCCCCGGAGUACAAGAGUAGUGACACUAGGAAUUCAGAUAUGUCAAAGGGAAGUUGUAAAGUGUCCCCUCUAAGUGAAAUGGUGAAAGUUUUUGACUUAAUAAGGAAAGAAAAAAAAUUGUAUCUUGAGAUUGCUAGGAUAUAUGGUAAGAAUGAAUCUCCUAUCUACGAAAUUGUGAAGAAGGAAAAAGAAAUUCAUGCUAGUUUUACACUGCACUUCAUACUACGAAAGUUAUACAGUGUGUGACAAGUGCUUAGUUAAGAUGGAAAAGAUAUUAUAUACAAUAAGAGAUUUUGAGAGAGACAGACUACAUUCACAUAACUUUUGCUAUACUAUUUUGUUAUAAUCUUUCUAUUUUAUUAUUUGUAUUUUGUUGUACUCUCUUACUGUGCCUAAUUUAUAAAUUAAACUCUGUCACAGGUAUGUGUGUAUAGGGGGAAAAGAAAAACAGUAUAUAUAGAGUUUGGUACUAUUAGUCGCUUCAGGCAUCCACUGGGGGGGUCUUGAAACAUCUCCUGUGGAUAAGGGGAGGACUACUGAACAGAUAUAUAUAUUUUUUUAACUUCCCAAAUCAUUGGAUUAACAUCAUGCAGUCAUCCAAAAUUAGGGCGGACUAUUUGGAUUCUCCCAAUGGCUAGAUGGGCCAAAUGGCUAAAUGACCAAAGCAGGUGUUUUUUUAAAUGAUUUCCAAAUUGCCAACUCCAAGGAUGAUUCUCUUAUUUUCUUUAAAGGUCUUUCAUAGUUUUGCAGAUACUGAGUCUGAAGGGGGACUGGAAAUUGUCUCCCUGUGUCUAGUUACCCUACUUUAAAAAGCUGCUGUCCAUCACAUUGCUCAACAGCCCUCACAGUUAAGUCUUCAUUUGUGACUGAGUGUGGACCAGUGAGAUGUAGAGGUGCAAAUAAGUGAAUUCUUAGAAGUCUCUUCAAAGAAAGCAGCAUGUGUUCCUUUAUCUUAUUCCUCUGUCUUGCUGCCAGAUCUGUAUUACAAUAGGAACUCUUGCAAAUAUUCAAGAAGACCAAGGCCAAACCCUAAGGAGGGCAUGUUAGAAAUUAAAAAGGUCUUGACUGCUUCACUAGUUCAACUGCCUUUUCCUGUAUUUAAGCCAUUGUAAAUUUGGGUUUCUUUAUAUGAAAUCAAAAUUAAUACAUCCUGGCCUUCAGUUCUUUAUUACAAUACCAUAUAACACUGUUUGAAUAAACUAGAUUGCAAUAAUUCUUACGUUUAAAAGUUUGUAAAGGAUAGUGUGCAGUUCACAUUAGAACUGAUUUUCCAUUGUUAAUUAAUGAUACUCAUUUUCCUGCCUUUAUCUUUCAUUGAGUAUUUUGUAUCUGCUUAGAAAAUACUGUCUUAUUUAUAACUGUAAUAGAUAUUUGCUAAAACUCCAUAAUCUCCAAAAUACUGUUAUCAAAUUAUAUGCCAUGUUUUUAUAUCAUUCUCAUAGAUCUGCCUUAUAAAUAUAUAAAUAAAAACCUACUAUGUAAUGUGA